AUGCCGAUGCUCAAAGAUCCCUCCAAAAAGUACCGGAAGUUCAAGCCGCUCGACAUUCCCGACCGCCAAUGGCCCUCCAAAACCAUUGAAAAAGUACCACGAUGGCUUGCGACCGACCUGCGAGACGGCAACCAAUCCCUUGUCGAUCCCAUGGACGGUGACCAGAAAUGGCGAUUUUUCCAGAUGCUGGUCAAGCUCGGAUACAAAGAGAUUGAAAUCGCCUUCCCGAGCUCAGGCAAUGUUGACUAUGACUUUGUCAGAAGGCUGGUCACGACUCCAGGCGUCGUCCCCGACGACGUGUGGUUGCAGGUACUUUCGCCCUGCCGGAAAGAGCUGAUUCGGCGCACAGUGGACAGCUUAAAGGGCGCCAAAAAGGCAAUUCUUCAUUUGUAUCUCGCUACGAGUCCUUGCUUCCAGCAGAUUGUGUUCGGAAUGACCAAUCAACAGAGCAAAGAGCUCGCUGUGGAGUGCACCAAAUACGCGCGGUCCAUCACCAAGGACGAUCCGAACUCUGGCGUGGAGGAAUGGGCAUACGAAUUCUCCCCGGAAUGCUUUUCGGACUCGGAUCCAGAAUUCGUGAUUGAAAUCUGUGAGGCCGUCAAAGCUGCUUGGGAACCGAGCGAACAGAAUCCCAUCAUCUUCAACCUACCAGCGACGGUGGAAGUGGCCACACCGAACGUCUACGCGGAUCAGAUUGAGUACUUCUGCCGCAACAUUUCGGAGCGUGAGAAGAUUUCUGUAUCUCUCCAUCCCCACAACGACAGAGGAUGUGCAGUCGCAGCAGCAGAAUUGGCACAAAUGGCAGGCGCCGACAGAGUCGAAGGCACGCUGUUCGGGAACGGUGAGCGUACGGGAAACGUGGAUCUGGUUACUCUUGCUCUCAACUUGUACACUCAGGGAAUCCAUCCCGGCAUCGACUUCUCCGAUAUCGAGAGCGUCAUCGACGUGGUGGAGAAGAGCAACAAGAUUCCAGUCAAUCCUCGCGCACCAUAUGGUGGACAGCUGGUGGUGUGCGCGUUCUCAGGUUCCCACCAAGAUGCUAUUAAAAAGGGCUUCGCGAAAAGGGAUUCGGAGAAUGCAGACGACAACACGCCCUGGAACGUGCCCUACCUCCCAUUGGACCCACAAGAUAUCGGUAGAACAUACGAAGCAGUAAUUCGCGUGAACAGUCAGUCGGGUAAAGGGGGUGUUGCAUGGAUCAUCAAGCGUACCCUUGAAUUGGAUCUACCUCGUGGUCUGCAAGUCGCCUUCUCGAAGAUUGUCCAAGCCGAGACUGACAAGCUCGGCCGGGAACUGCUAUCAACGGAGAUCAAAAAGUUGUUCGUCACAGCAUAUCACCUCGAACAGAAUCCACGCUUCUCCCUCGUCGACUACGAAAUCUCAACCGAUCGUGCCGAACCCGCUGCUCAGAAUGUGGAUGGCAAAACCGUCUCGAACAGGAAUCUGGGUCGCAGGUUCAAGGGACUUAUCGAAAUCGACGGGCAAGAGCAUGCCGUGGAGGGCGUGGGCAACGGUGCUCUCUCCGCGCUUGCAAAUGCCAUGAAGAAUGUCGGCAUCGACCUCGAUAUCACCGACUACAAGGAGCACUCCAUCGCCAAGCAGGCAGGAAAAGGCCGUGAUGUGCAGGCGGCAACGUACAUAGAAUGUACGACGUCAGGCUCGCAGCAGAAAGUCUGGGGUGUUGGUAUACAUGAAGAUGUUGUCCAGUCCUCUCUUUUCGCUUUGCUCGGUGCAGCGUCCUCGUUCCUAUCUUCAAGACCCAGUUCUCCGGUACCCUUCAGACCRAAGCGAUCAAACACGCAAUCGUUGGACCUCUCGCCGGAUCUCAGCGCCYAGCAGCAAGCCUUGAAUGGUGCACCGGACAGUGCACCGGAUGCGCAGGGUAGCAUUGCUGCYACACUUGAUGCGAGUGUAAACGGAAGCUGA